CGAUAUAAACCGGAAUCUGGACCGGUCAGAUUUAUUUCAAGUGGAUGUGAUUACCGAAACAUGGACUUGUUUGACAGAGUUUUGUUUGGUGGAAUUUUGUUGGUUUUUAUCACUACCGUUAAAGGAACCUGCUCAUUUUCACGUAACUUGGAAGGUGAGUGGACGAUUGAGAAGGAUGGACAAUUGUUGGGACGAAUGGUAAUAGGCUACACACGAAUGGAUAUAACGUAUAUGGGUCAGGUAUACAAUUAUACCUGCGCUCAGUUUGACUAUCAGCAGGAAAAAUACCUACUGAGAAGUGCAAGUGAUGCAAAAGGAAUGGCCUGUCUGAUGUUUACUCCCUUUGAUUCUGCAGACACCUUAAUGAUGAUUAGGCUUCACAUGACCCACUUAUACGAUGACAGUGCGUUCUUUACACCCCAGUAUCUAGUAGGUUCCGGGACCAUUAAUUCCAUCUGUAACAACUAUGACGACGGACAGAUCCUCUUUAUUAAUUAUGUUCGUUGAGUGGUUGAAAAAAAAAUUAUAAGUGCGUUCAAAUGCAGGUUUCUGAAUGUUUA